CUGGCUAAUCAAUUAUUAAUAUUGAGCCGGUCAAAAAAUAUAAAAAUUUUUAGUAAUUAUUUUAAUGGUGCUAGUAGAUGUCUGUCCUCUACYGUAUCCAAGGGGAACACCAUAGUCAUCGACAAUACAGCCAUACCUACCAUACGUUUACCACAGAUUGAAGAGUUUGAUGUCGAAAACGAACCGAUACUGUCGUAUAAGUCCGGUUCCCGGGAGAGACAGGAACUGGAGCUUAAGCUCCAGGAGUAUAACACAAGGGUUACUGAAAUACCGAUUGUCAUUAAUGGCAAACGAUUGACCAGCGAUGAGGUUAGAUACCAGUGCUCGCCCUACGAUCACCAACAUCGGGUGGCCAAAUACUAUUUUGCCGAUUCUGGCCAGUUUCGUGAGGCAAUUGACGGGUCGCAGCGGGUACGCCGCGAAUGGGAGGCCCUACCCAUCAGUGAACGUAUUCGUAUAUUUUUGAGAGCAGCCGAUCUGAUUGCCGGCAAAUACAGGCAGGACUUGAACGCCGCCACAAUGCUUGGYCAGGGAAAGACAGUAAUCCAGGCAGAGAUCGACGCGGCCGCCGAACUGACCGAUUUUCUACGAUUCAAUGCACUGUACGCUAAAGAUAUGUACAAAUAUCAGCCCCGAAGUCCCCGACCGGAACUGACUAGCAAUCAGUUUCGCUAYCGSGGUCUCGAAGGAUUUGUGGCCGCAAUUUCGCCGUUCAAUUUUACCGCMAUUGGCGGCAAUCUUAGCUCAGCACCCGUAUUGAUGGGCAAUGUUGUCCUAUGGAAACCGGCCGGUACGGCCGUAYUAAGCAAUUGGMUUAUCUAUCAGAUACUUGAAGAAGCUGGCGUACCUCCCGGUGUUAUCAACUUUUUGCCRUCGAGUGGACCGGCAUUCGGCCAGAAUGUCCUAACAUCUGAACACUUGGCGGCCGUCAAUUUUACCGGCAGUGUCGGCACUUUCCGCAACGUUUGGCGUACAGUGGCCGACAAUUUAGAUAAAAAUCAYGGCUUUCCUCGACUGGUUGGCGAGUGCGGCGGCAAAGACUAUCACUUUGUACACGAAUCGGCCGACUUGGACACAGUGGUCACCCAGACUAUACGGGCGGCGUUCGAGUAUAGCGGCCAAAAGUGUUCGGCCUGUUCACGACUGUACGUACCGGACAAUCGCUGGCCAAAGAUUAAGGAACGUCUACURGAAGUUAGGUCAGCCCUGAAACUCGGUUCGCCCCUCGAGUUCGACACAUUUCUGUCGGCAGUUAUCGAUCGUAACUCAUUCAAUACGAUCCGCGACUAUAUUACCGAAGCUAAGAAUUCGCCCGAUAGUCAUCAGAUACUGGGCGGCGGCCAUACSGACGACAGUGUCGGCUAUUUCAUUGAACCGACAAUCAUCGAAACCAAUGACCCGCAGUCGCGACUGAUUCGCGAAGAAAUUUUCGGUCCCCUCCUGACUGUCUAUGUGUACGACUCCCGUAAAGUCAACGAUGCUAUCGACCUGUGCGACCGUACCAGCGGUUUUGCACUGACCGGUGCACUGUUUGCUACCGAUAAGAAGUUUCUCGAACAGGCAUCCGAACGGCUGAAACAAUCGGCCGGCAAUUUCUAUAUCAACGACAAGUGUACGGGUGCUGUUGUCGGUCAGCAACCGUUUGGCGGCGGACGACUAUCGGGUACCAAUGAUAAGGCCGGUGCCCCACACUAUUUGCUUCGGUGGUGUUCACCGCAAACAAUCAAACAAACAUACAUACCGUUACGCGACUGGCGUUACGACUAUAUGGAUACUAAACAGUGAUGAGAUUAUAUAUAUGUUAUUUUUUUUUUAAAAAAAUCUAACUGUGCUUAUUGUUUGUUUGUUUGUUGUGACUAUGUAUGUGUUGGAGGAAUGGUAUGUUGUUGUAGUUGAUGAUACCUACCUCCCUGUCCUAAUCAAUAAGUACUACUAAUAUACCCUACAUUUGAAAAGUCAAGUCAGUCUUC